UUUCAAACUAAAUUUACAGCGGUCUGGACAAUAUGGAAGUUACAUAUACAAUGGAGGAAGCCCUCAAGAAAGCAGGGAGUUUUGGAAAAUUUCAGCUGAUUAAUUGAUUCAUCGCAACCUCAAAUUUCUGGGUCACAUGAUUCUUUUUAUACAGUAUAACCUUCCUUACUUUAAAGCAGGAAUAUCUUUGCCCUGAUGGACUAGGGGGUACUUUUCAAUGAUCAGAGCCCCAUGAUAUAUGCUUUAAUGGUAAUUUAAGGCAUAGUGUUGUGCUGGAUACUGAGAAUGAGAAAACAAUCUAUAAUUGGAUUUCACAACUGAGAAUUCAGUGUGAACCGUCUUGGAAAAGUAGCCUAUUUGGCUCUUUUUAUUUCCUAGGAGUCAUAUUUAGUUCUUUUAUCUUGAUCACAACAAGUAAAUAUGGUAGAAGGAUGAAUAUGAUUAUAGGUAAUUGGAUCAGUCUUAUCGCAUUUUCUGGACUCGUCUUCACUACUAAUCUUUAUUUGAAAUAUGGGUUCUGCCUCUUGCUUGGGCUUACAUAUUUAAGAUCCAUUCAAUCAUUACUAUUAGCUACAGAAUUUACUUUGCUCAACUACAAAAUCUACAUCACCACUGCCACUAUGGUCAUCGAUGGGCUGGUAUUUCCCCUUAAUGCAUUAUACUUCAAAUUCCUGAGCAAGAACUGGGAAUACAUAUUCUUAGGCUAUUAUAUCAUAGCCUUCUUAGGCACCAUAUUGUCUCAUAUGAUACCAGAAUCACCGAAUUAUUUAUAUGAAAAACACAGUUAUCAAGAAUCAAAACAAGUCUUGAAGAAGAUUGCCCAGUGGAAUAACAAGGAAGAGCUUAGCCAAGGAGACUGGUUCUUUGAGAAUGAAGUUCAUCAUGUAAGAGAUGACGAGACAGUGCUGGGCAAUGGAGUUUCCGGGAAUGUUUGAUUACAAACUCCAGUUCAACAAAAUAACCCCUCAGAUGCUUUAGAGACUCAAAAUAUCAAGAAGUUAAGGAAAAAGGAAGAGAUUAAAGAGGAUCCUUAUGAUGUUAUCAAAGAAAACCCCAAAGUGUUUUGGAACUUGAUUAUCAUCAUGAUGGUUUGGAUCUGUGCCUCUUUCAACACUUAUCUGCUUGGGUUUAGUAUCAGAAAUUUUGGAGGAAACCUAUAUUACAACGCAUGGGCUUUCGGAUUUUGAGGUAUAUUAGGGAAACUAUCUGGAGGAACUGUACGCAGCAUGCUCAGCUCAAAGUCAACCCUCUUAAUAUACAUAUCCCUGGUGUUCAUUUCAGGUACGAGCUUAAUAUUUAUCCAGAGCCACAACUUAAUGGCAAUAAGUAUCGGUCUUGCUCAAAUAGGCCUUGCUGGAUCUUUCAAUAUGGCUUAUUUUAUCACAACCGAGUACUUCCCCCCUCUAUUUGCUCCAUUUGCUUUCUCUGUAUGCCAGAUAGGGGCAAGGUCUCUAACUGUGCUAUCCUUCCUGCUAUCUGAUCUUCAUGCGCCAUUCCCAAUGCUAAUCCUAACCACGAUGGCUGGGUUCACCGUGUUUUGUCUCUAUUUUCUCACGAAACCUAAAGAUGGAUUCUAA